UAUUUUUCUUUUAGGUGCUAUGUAAUGUAUGAACAUAUUAUAAGGAAUGGUCUUGUCACGUUCUCAUGAGUUAUGGUGUCUGAAAUAUCAAUUCUAUCUUGUGGGAAAAGAACUAAACGGCAGCACAAAAUCAAAUCUAUACUAACAGAGUAUUUUAUUAAACGAAGGAGGUUAGAUAAAAACUGCAAACCAACAGAUUCAGCAAACAAGAAAAGAAACGUGUUAGCUGUAAGACAUGUUUCAAAUGAAUCAAAGUGCAGUAACUGCAGAGUUCAGAAGAAAAAAAAUUUCAAAAAUUUUGUCCAAACAGGUCAGUAAUAAAUAACUCCUCUAGAAAUAAGGCUAGACCUGAAGCCAAAAUUAAUUGAGAAAUUAACAAAGCAGAUUGAACCUAAGUUAGUUAUUUUUUUAAUAAAAACAAAAAAUGUCAAGUUUAGAAUAAAUUUUCUUCAAAUUUAUAUUGCUUUGUUCAAAGUAAAACAACUAUCUUUCAGCAUUUAUGCCAGUUUUUCUCAUGUUCUAGGAAUCGCAGAAACCUUACUUGAAGCAAACUAGUAUUUCUGUUGAAAAUGUCUGUCUGCGUCAAUUAAAGUCAGAUUUUUAAGACUGCUUCUCUCUAAUACUAGACAUUCAGUAUUCGUACAUACUAGGACACAAAAAUCCUCUCAAAAACUACUCAGAAAAGGAGGACCUUACUCAGGAAUGAUGUCUAUUCAGCAGAAAUCUAAAGAAAAUUCCUCUAAAGUUACUGAAAAAAGCGAAGAUAAGAAUUUAGAAACACAAAUUCAAGGCUCUCACAAGAAUGUAGCCAAAAAAUUAGGUUCAAAGGAAACUGUACAAUCACUGGUUAAAUCUUCCAAUGAAAAUAAUGCAAGCCAGCUUGAAUCAGGAACACGCAUGAGUACAAGGUCAGCAAAGGCAACAUCCAGUGAUAAAAAAGCUAUUAACUUCAUUGAUAGAAAUAUGGUGACUGUGAAAGGGCAUUCACAACAAGAAUCUACAAAAAAGAAGAAAGUAUCUCAGAAAAAAUCAGUGCAUGAAACCUUGAAAUCAAAUGAACAGCUUAAUCGGAGAUCACAAAGACUACAACAGCUAACAGAAAUUUCAACAAGAUCUUUACGCAGUAGAACAAUUCAAGGUCAAGUUCAAGCAGUUAAACAGAGUUUGCCACCAACAAGAAAAGAGCACUGUAGCAAUACUAAAGGUAAAUCUAAUAAACUUAAAACAAGUAAAAAACAUGUGAAGAGAAAAGUACUAGAAAUAAAAUCUGACACUAAAGAGGAUGAAAAUUCAGUGAUUAAUGAAGUAAUAAAUUCCCCUAAAGGAAAAAAACGCAAAGUAGAGCACCAGACAGCCUGUACUUGUAGUUCUCAGUGCAUUCAAGGAUAUGAAAAGUGUCUUCAGAAGACUAUUAGAAAAGAGGAAACAAAGCCUGUGCCUGUAACUUCUCCUGAGGUAAAAAGAUCAAAGAUGACUACUUCAUUGAAUACUUCAGUCUCUAAAAAGAAUGAGAAAAUGAAGAAGUCAGUUCAUACACAAGUGAAUAGUAGUGCAAAACCCCCCCAAAAUCCACAGCCAUCAGUGCCUGAACAAAGUGUAGAUAAUGAGCUCGAACAAGCAGGAAAGAACAAACGAGGUAGCAUUCUCCAGCUCUGUGAAGAAAUUGCUGGUGAAAUUGAGUCAGAUACUGUAGAGGUAAAAAGGGAAUCUGCACAAAUGGAAAAUGCAAAGGAGGAGGAACCUACAGAAAUAAAACUGGAAGAGACUGUUGAAAGACACAUACUUCACCACAAGGAAACAAAUCAGGAUGUUCAGUGUAAUCGUUUCUUCCCCAGUAGGAAAAGAAAGCCUGUAAAGUGUAUAGUUAAUGGAAUAAACAGCUCAACUAAGAAGAAUUCCAGUUGGACCAAAAUUAAACUCUCAAAAUUCAACUCUGUGCAGCAAAAUAAGUUGGACUCUAAAAUUUCUCCUAAAUCAGGCUCAUUACAAACCAGUUUUUUACCACAAACUUUAGAAAUGCAUCAUCCAGCGACUCAAAAUACAUUUUUAGGGACAAAACUGCUUGAUGAUAAAAACAAAGCUUGCCAGCAGGAAAAACUGAAACAAAUUAAUUCCGAAGUUAGAAGUAAUGCUAUAGUACAAAUUAAUAAAACCACAGAAAUGGCUCCUGAAAAUUGUCAUUUGGAUAAUCAGAUAAAGUUUUCUACUGAACCAUUAUUGGAUAAUCAACUGAAACAGUCCAUUCCAUCAGCACCAGAUAAGAAUUUUAGUUUGUAUUUGGAAUCCAAGCUGGAAAAUACUCCAGUGGAAAAUGCCACUGCUGUUUCAGCUCUGCUUAAUCAAGCAAAAAUUGAUGCAGAAGAGAGUAAAUUUCCAGGUUCAGUUGCCAAACAGCACAGUAUACUCAAUAACCAAACAUCUAAAAACAGUGAUAACAGGGAGACAUCACCAAAUCAUCCUUGGCCCAAGUGCAAUUCUCAUUUGGAGAUAAAAAUUCCAAAGGACUUAAAACUAAAAGAAGCAGAGAAAGUUGAUGAAAAGCAGUUGAUCAUAGAUGCAGGACAGAAAAGAUUUGGAGCCAUUUCCUGUAAUGUCUGUGGAAUGCUUUACACAGCCUCAAAUCCAGAAGAUGAAACACAGCACCUGCUCUUCCACAACCAGUUUAUAAGUGCUGUGAAAUAUGUGGGCUGGAAAAAAGAAAGAAUUCUGGCUGAGUAUCCUGAUGGCAGGAUAAUAAUGGUUCUUCCUGAAGACCCAAAGUAUGCACUGAAAAAGGUUGAUGAAAUUAGAGAGAUGGUUGAUAAUGAUUUAGGUUUCCAACAGGCUCCACUAAUGUGCUAUUCCAGAACUAAAACACUUCUCUUUAUUUCUAAUGACAAAAAAGUAGUUGGCUGCCUAAUUGCAGAACAUAUUCAGUGGGGCUACAGAGUUAUAGAAGAGAAACUUCCAGUUACUGGCACAGAAGAAGAAAAAGUUAGAUUUGAAAGGCAAAAAGCCUGGUGCUGCUCAACAUUGCCAGAGCCUGCUAUCUGUGGGAUCAGUCGAAUAUGGGUAUUCAGUAUGAUGCGGCGGAGGAAAAUUGCUUCUCGCAUGAUUGAGUGCUUAAGGAGUAACUUUAUUUAUGGCUCAUAUUUGAGUAAAGAAGAAAUUGCUUUCUCUGAUCCUACUCCUGAUGGAAAACUGUUUGCAACACAGUACUGUGGCACUGGUCAGUUUCUAGUAUAUAAUUUCAUUAAUGGACAGAAUAGCACCUAAAACAAAUUCUUGCCUACAGUGCUGGAAGACAUCUACUGAAGAAUGGAUUGAUUGCUGACUUUAACCAGGAACUAGGGCCAUUUUUAUUGUAAUGAACUCAGGACUGGCAACAACCAUAAGGUUGUUCCAUUUUCAUAAAAUUGGAAAUAAUGCAGUAAUAGCUUAUUAUUGUUUUGUUUUUUAAAGAAGAUAUUUUAUUAUCUUUUACAGAAAUUUAUGAUUGAUGUAUUUUAUCUAUAAUUAUUUAGACAUGUUUACAUGCAGCAGAUAAUUGUUCAUAGUGGACUGAAAACUAAUGCAAGGACUAUGUGGUCUCAGUGAUAAGUAUAUCUUGAAGUUCUUAAUAUGGAAAUAUACCAGUGUAGCUUGGUACUGUAUUUUUUUAUAUUGAUCUGCUGAUACCAGUUAUAGGCUUAAAAAGUAUAUUUUCACAGAGCAGAAGCCAGUGUUCUUGAUUCUCUAUAUAAGGAAGGUACAGUAUUAAUUCCUAAAAGCCCUGAGGUAUACCUUGAGAGAACCCCCAUAGAGGAAAGCUCCAAGAAAUAGGAAGAUUUUAGAAUAUCUAAAUUUAGAAUCUCUCUUUUGUAUCCUUAAUGGCAGGUAGAAGUGGAAAGCGGUAGUUGUGGCUUUCCUUCUUGGAGAGCUAUAAAUGAAUUAAGAAGGGCACCCUCUAAAGUUCAUUAUUCUUUCCUUUUGGUUUCACUUUUUUUUAAUACAUGGCAAAUUGGCACACUUAGAUUGUUAACAAAUCCCAGAAAGGUUUAUAAAAACCUAUAGAAUAGUUGUAAGAUAAAUGUGAAUUACUUGGUAUCUGCUUUGUUAUUCCCUAGAAAUACUGCACUGAGUAUAUGCCAUCAUUAUUGGACUUCAUUUUGAUACUUGUCUAUCCUUCAUAAUGCCCUCUACUUUUAAAGGGUUUAUAUGUUGAAAAACUGCUGUGGCCUUUUAUGAUCUGUAUAUAAUGUAGAAUAAAACAAUAAAAUACUUGAUAGCUUUUUCUACGUGAUAAAUGUACUAA